AGAUCGCCUGUGGCAAUGACCUUCAAGCGCAGAAAUGGCGGGCGUAACAAGCACGGCCGCGGCCACGUGAACUUUAUCCGCUGCUCCAACUGCGGAAAAUGCUGCCCCAAGGAUAAGGCUAUCAACAGGUUUCUGGUGAGGAAUAUCGUGGAACAAGCUGCCCUCAGGGAUGUACAGGAGGCAUGUGUCUAUGAAAAUUAUACUCUCCCAAAACUCUAUGCUAAGGUUCAGUACUGUGUUUCCUGCGCUAUUCACUCUCAUGUUGUAAGAGUUAGAUCUCGCACUGCCAGGAGGGUUCGUGAGCCUCCACAGCGGUUCAGGCACAGGGAGGAUUUGGGAAGACCUGGUCCACCUCGCCCUGGUGUUGCUGGCGUUGCACCUGUUCGCCCAUGA